UUGCCAUCGAUGUUUUGCCAGCUCUAUUUUGCAGCUCUUUGAAAACGGCCGAAAAACAAUUGCAAUGCGUGCAAUCAAAAUCAAUCAAUAUGUCAACAAGAAAGUGCCCGCAGUGCUGAGUUCACAGUGCCAACAAUAGGAAAGAAGGAAAGCAGCCAGCAAAAGGCAGCUGUUGUUGCCUCUCACCUGAGUCUCUUGCCCGGAAAAUGGAAUCGUCCAUUAAGCUUAAGGACAGCAACUCCAACGGCAGCUCUAAUUCGAAUGGCAAUGUGGGUGGCGGUGGCGGCGGGGGAUCAGGAGGCGGAGGAGGAGGAGGCGGUGUGUGCGUGUCCAGCAUCUGCAGCAGCGACAGCUUCAGCAUCAUGCCACCGCCUCACCAUGAACUCGUCAGCGCCAACAGCAUUGAGCUGAAUGCGGCGGCCUCGCUGAGCGAUGACAGUGGAGUCCCACUGACCACCAAUAGCUCCAUAUCCAGCGGCGACUCCUACCGCCUGGGCAUGUGCAAAUUCGAGAUUGAGAUGGUCGAGAGCGACGGUGAGGUGUCGCAGUUCGAUUCGCUGGACAAUUGCUCGGAGGGCGGCAUGAGCGCUGAGAAUUUUAAUACGCUGAAAAAGGGACCGCUGGCACCGAUUGAUCCGCCACCUGAAUUUCAGGAUUCACCGCAGACCACCCUGGUGCGUUCCAUCUCCAAGAAUAUUGUGAACAGCCUGCGACGCUGGACCUCAUCGCAAUCCUCGUUCGAGCACCUCAAAGACGAUGCCACCACCACCAUUGGAAUGAAUGGCCUGACCACACCGACGGCCAACGCAUUGCCUGAGGAGCCGCCACAAGAGCUGGUCCUGCUUCUGACCAAGACGGAAACAUCCAAGCUGGACGCCGAGCUGAGUCAGUUGAAUCUCAAGGAGUCGUAUGCGAUCAACAAGCAUCUGUAUUCGAGUGAUUCAAUCCUGAACAGCCAUACGGAUAAUAUAUACGAUGAACCCAACAACAUUGUGAGCAGUUCGCUGGGCAACAGCGUCGAUCUGCUGGAGGAGGAGGAGCAGUCGGAGGCCAGCAGCUGCUCACCGUUGCCAUCGCCACCGCCACCGGUUUCCAUAGUCAAGAUAAAGCAGACACUGUGUCCCUAUUAUCAGGAUCAUACGCGUUACUUCAAGGCCAUACCCACGGAGCAGGAUACCAUAGCGAGUGCCAAGGCAGCGGCUGCCCAGCAGAGAUUCAAUAGCGCCGGCCUGUCGGAGAUUCAUGAUUACGAUCUGUACUAUGGCGCCCGACGGCAGCCGGUGGACAACAGCAGUCUGCAGCGACGUCAGGCCUCGCUAUACAGUCCCUUGGGUCACACCAGCCACUGUCACUAUCAUAAUAGCCAUGGCCAUGGGAGCCAUCAUCAUCCGCACCACCACCAUCAUCAUCAUCAUCACCACCACCAUCAGCCCGGCUACGGGUACAGCCAUGGCCAGAGGCCCAACUCAAGGAACUCGCUCAAUAGCCGCCUGAGUAGCUCGCACAACUCGCUGAAUGUCUCCUCCGCCAACAAGCCGGACGAUUCGAUCUUCAUCACCCAGGCCAUGUCGCACGAUGCUCUGUUUACGCGCGAGAUCUCUGACUUUUACAAUGUGCCCAUCGAUUCGGACAUUUAUGCCUUUCCCGUGGACAUGAUCGAGCAGCAGCAGCAACAGCAGCAGCAGCUGGGUCAACAGCAGGAGCAGCAAAAGUCCACCGCACCCAACACGUACCACAAGGCGAGCAGGCGGAAUAAGCGGAACAAGCGCAAGCAGCGCUAUGGAGGAACAGCGGCAAGUGCGGGCACGGAGACCAGUGAUGGGGAUGGAGAGAAGGGCAGCAAGCAUGGCAAAUAUCGAACUCCUGUGGGCGCUAUGGGCCAAGUUAGUGAAUCAGAGCCGCUGCACAUGACGCUGGACGAGGUGAAGCAGUUCUAUCACACGCUCUACUCCGACGCUGGCAAGGCCCAGGGUGUGCCCAAGCCAAUGAUGGUCAAGUCCAGCAACGAAACCAUUUGGAGUGUGUCGACCAAUACCACCACGACAACGGCGAGAACGCGCAGCAGUGUGGGCACCACACGGGCGGCCGGCGGUGCUGGGGGAGCCAGCAGUGAUGGCGGCGGUGGAAAGUAUCUCAGCAAGCAGAACAAGCAUAACCUCGACAACGAUAAGCUCAACAAUAACAAUAAUAACAACAAUGUGCAGCAGACGCAACAGCAGCAGCAGCAAUCGCUGCAGCAGCAGCAGCAGCUGGACAAGCCACCGACGGAGCACCACAAUCACAACAACAGCAAUCACACCAAUAACAAGCACGUCCUGCACUCGGAGAAGAAGUCACAGUUUACGCUGAAUCUUAAGCAGCGUUUCUGCAGCAUCUUUCGCUUCCGUCGUAGCAAUCACAGUCGCUGCCGCGGGGGAGGAGCUAGCAGUGGUCGUGAUGCAAAUGGUACCAUUGGCACGGGAACCGGAAACGGUAGCAGUGUGAAUGGGAGUGCAGCGGCAGCAGCAGCGGCAACGGUGCCCCUAAUACCGCCAACCGCUGUGAUAACCAGUGCGCCGGGUGUAGCUGGACAACAGCAGCAAUUGCUGAUCACCCAACAACUGCAAUUGGCCACGGAACUGAACGUCAGCGGAGGAGGAGUAGGAGGAGCUGCAUUAACCACAGCGGAAGCGGACGAACCGAAUGCUGAUCUGCGCAAAAAGUUUCAGUCACGUGCCCUGCCACCACUACCAAAGAAGGCUGCAGCCUAUGCCAUUGAAGCCGUUGAACCGGAACCCGAGGAGCUGAAAAAGAACAAUGCCCAGGAGCCGCGAGCCCUACAGUUCACCUCCAGCAUUGAAAAAGUCAAAGACUAUGGCUGGUACUGGGGUCCCCUGUCCAGUGAGGCCGCGGAGAAGGUGUUGUCCAGCGAACCGGAUGGUUCCUUCAUAGUGCGCGACAGCUCUGAUGAUCACUACAUCUUCUCGCUGAGCUUUAAGCUGAACAAUUGUGUGCGUCAUGUGCGCAUCGAACAGGAUCAGGGAACCUUCUCCUUUGGCUCGUAUGCUAAAUUCAAAUCGCAGACCAUCACCGAGUUCAUUGAGAAGGCCGUCGAGCAUUCGAGAAGCGGCAGAUAUCUGUUCUUUCUGCAUCGUCGACCGGAGCACGGACCAAUGCGCGUGCAAUUAACCAAUCCAGUAUCUAGAUUUAAGCAUGUACAAAGCUUGCAGCACAUGUGCAGAUUUGUUAUACUAAAGGCGGUUAUACGAAAGGAUCUAAUACAGACAUUGCCAUUACCGAGAAGACUUCUAGACUAUCUUAACUAUAAGCACUGCUACUCCGAGCAGGUGGAGAGCGACAGUUCGCACUCGCAGAUAUCUGGCGAUGGAACGAUGUAAGAUGAAGGAGCUGAAUAAGAUGAAUGACAAAUUCAUUCGCUUGUGACAACAACAACAAAAACGUAAACGAAAGCAACAGAAAUUAUUACCUUAAAUAAGUAGUAGAAUUUAAACGAAGGAAAGUUAAAAAAGGGGGAAAAACAAAAACAUUAAACAGCAGCAAAGCAAAGCAAAACAAGCAACCGUUGAAAGUUCUGUAUAACAAGAACAGCAAAUCCAACAAAAAACAUAAAAGAAACCAACAAAAAUCAA